UAUCUUAUUCUAAGUGACCAUUACAAUUACAAGCCUGACAUAUCGAUUGUUCAAAUUUUCGAUUCUCGUCUGUCAGUUGAGGUCACACUCACACAUGUUUACUUACUUACUGUAUGUCAAUUAAAAUUGUCAAAGAAAAUGAAUUUAAAAAUAACUAAUAACACCUGCAGAACUUGUCUGCUGUCAAAUAAAAAAGUUGAAAAUAUUUUUUCAAUAUCUAAUCAUGAUAUCUACAGUGGAUUAAGGCUUGAAUUUAAACAAAAACUUGAAAUACAUUGUGGUAUUGAGAUUGAAGAAAAUGAUGGAUUACCAAACAAAAUCUGUAUUGACUGUAUGGCAAAAAUUAAUAGUGCCCAUGAUUUAUGGAAGCAAUGUCAAGUUACGGACAAUAAACUAAAAGAGUUUUACAACAGAACUUCUGAAAAAGUUGUCAACUGUGUUACUUUAAAGGAUAAAUUUAGUCAAACUGGAGACUUAUUGGCAACAGAAAUAAUCGAUCAAAAUGAAGAAAAAAAAUUAUUAUAUCACACAAGAACGUUAUCUUUGUUAAAAGAGUCAAUCGCAUUAAAUAAAUUAGAACGCAAUAAAAAUAACUCUGAAUGUGGAGUUUAUGAUGAAAAAAUAAAUAAUAGUGAAAGUAAAGUAAGGGAUAAACAAAAGUCAUAUAAUACAACCAAUUUAAAUACAAAAAAACUUAUUAUUAAUGACCAUUCAUCUGAGUCUUUGAAUAGUAGUUGUACUACAAAAAAACAAUCACUUUCAUCCAUGUUAAAUGAUGAUGUCUGUAAGAAAAUAAAGUUACAAGGACAAGAAAAGCUGCCAAAAAAUGCGAAUGAUAUUAUUUAUUUUCCAAUAAAUGAUGGUAAUGAAAAUAAAGAUAUAAAUAUUGAUAAUAAUUCUGAUCAAUUUAUGAUAAUAAAAACAACCAAUAAAGCAAUUACGCCAUUAAGAGAAUAUAUUAAUUACAUUAUUGAAAAUGAUCAUUGUUACACAAGUUUUGCCAGAUCAAAAGUAAAGAAAUCAUCAAGAAAAUCACAACCAAUUGUUUUGAACGAUAAUGAUUCAAGAAAUAUGCUUGAAGAAUCAAUCGAAUCAACAAAUAUAAAUGAAAAUAAAUGUUAUGUAUGUGGUAAAGCAUAUAUUCGAAAAUCUGCGCUCUAUAAGCACAUAAAGCAUCAUAAAAAAUCAUUCCGCGAAAAAGGAUUUAAGUGUCAAAUUUGUAAGAAAAAACUAGGAAGUAAUACAUCUCUUAAACUUCACAGUAUAACUCAUCAAGGAGAAAAACCAUGUAAAUGUAAAUAUUGUGGUCGGGGAUUUUUAACGGAAAGUAAAUUGGUUUAUCAUGAAAGAUCUCAUACACUCGAACGACCUUACGUUUGUGACCUUUGUGACGCAACAUAUCCUCAGAUGCAUUUAUUGAAACUUCAUAUCACUAAACACACUGGAGAAAAUAAAUAUUUGUGUGAAAAAUGCGGUAAAUCUUUUAGAAUGUACAAAUGUUUAAGAGAACACCAAUUUACUCAUACGAAAGAAAAACCAUUCAUUUGUAGUAAUAACUGUGGGAUGGCUUAUAGUAAUUCCGGUAGUUUAUUCGCGCACAAAAAAAGAUGUUUCACUAAGGCACAACCGUUGAUUACUUAA